UCUUUCAUCUCCACGCUCGGCUUGCCUGUGCAAUCCCUGAACCGUGUCGCGACGCUCAUUCCCUGCAAGGGCUGUUAACUCCAGCUGGUCGGACGAUGAACAAGGCUUUGCAUAUAUCUGUACAUACAGCAUGCCGUCGAUCGGCCAGGGCUUCUCACGCCUUUCGGCUAUCUUGACUACCUUGUCUACUCGCAGUGCCAUCGCUUGUAGACGCAUGCUGCUCCGCUUGACCCUGGGGAUGCGGUAUAUAUUAGAAGCAUCUGGUUAUGCUACCUCUCGUCCGUCUCACACCGUUCCACCUGAGCCUCCCUCGUCGCGAGCAUCUUGUCAGCCGAUCGCCGGGAGAUAGUUACUGCUGCCGCCUUACGGGUAGCUACAUCUUACCACGCUUCCUUCACUGUUGCUCCCGAUUUGCAUUGCGAGGGUAUCUUGCACC